CGACUUCCGGCAACAUUUCUGAUUAUGUCCCUUGAACAGGUCAACUAUUGUUUACUGAAGAUUGACACUUAGUUAUCGGGAAUUCCACAUAGAUUUUAAAGAUAGUCCUCUUUACCUAACAGUCUCAAGAUGGACAGCCAAUAUAAUGUUGAAUCCACAGAGAAAACAACAACCACAACUAGCUCUAGUGGAGAUGUUGGAUUGGAUAAAAUUUACAUGAAAUCUAUAGAUUCCAUAUUGAAAAUAGCUGAAAUGGUUCUUAGUCUGAUUGUAUUUAUCUGUGUAACCUCCCACCCAGGGUACAGCUACAUUGGAGGAGGUUGGGUACAGUUUGUGAGCAUAUCUUGUCUGAUUACAGUACUUAUUCUAUGGAUCUUCUUUAUGCUGCGUAUCAUCUACAAACUACCAGGACCCUGGAUGUUAAUCAUACUUAUAUACUUUGUCGUUUAUGUCAUAUUCUAUUUCAUUACUGCCAUAGUCUGUUUUGCCCAGUCAGGCAAAAUUGAGCAAAGUGCUGGUUUAGUUGCAGCUGGUGUUUUCUGUGUUCUUAUCCUGGUUGUCCUGGGUGCUGACACCUUCUUCCAAUUCCGUAAAUGGCAAGACAGUGGUUCCAGCUUCUCAACCAGAAGUACAACUACAUCAUCUGGUGGAGCUACUGCCACAACGACAACACAUACCACCUACGAAACCCGUACUCAGUACUAAUGAGGCAGCAACUGAGUGGUUUUAAAUUUACCGUAGAUUUUUGUUUGUAUAUGGUAGAAGGGUGUAGUAAUGAUAUGAUGUGGAAUUUUAUAUGCAACACGAUGUGUGUAGAAAAUUUAUAAAGCGAUCGAAAUUUUAUUUAGGUCAUCGUCAAAAUGGAUCUAUAUAAUGGAUGAAGCUACUUUUUUAUUUUAAAGUAUAUAACAUACAAAAUAUAUAAAACAAAAUAUUCCGCCCCUCCCAUAAAAAAUCUUUGAAUUUUGUCAUAAAUCUCUUCUAUAUUAAGAUAAUGUGCAGAUUUUGACUUCUUGACAUAUCUUUUCCUUAUGCAAUCAAAUGCUAAUAUAUCUUUGGUUUCAGAUCAAUUGAUAUAGUAAUUUUCACUUUUGUCAAUUAAAAAGUAUUUUGUAAUGAAUCAAAUUUUAGAAAGCAUUUUCAUCAUAUACUACAAAAUUGCAAAACAAAAAGAUAUGAUUUGAAGAAAAUUCCAGUAAAUUGUACUAGGAACGUCAAGGUUGAAGCAGAAAAAUACACCAUGCCUAAAAAUAUCAUUGAAUAUCAUUGACUACUCCUGCAAAUUGAUAAAAAAUUGACUGACAUAGUAUAUUGAGCCACAUAAAUUUUAGUUUUAUAACAACAGUAUGAGAAUGGAUAACCCAUAUUACAAUUUAAUUAUUUUUUAGGGUAACAUUAACCAGAAACACAUUCUUCAAUUUGAAGCUAACAGUAGCUCAAAUUAUGACAAAUUUUAUAAAUGAUGUUAACCUUCUAAUGAUCAUUUUAGGGUAAAAGUUGCAUGAGGCAGUUUUGACGCUUGACGAUCAAUGCCAUUUCCAUGUCAAAAACACCUGUCAAUCAAUUUUAGAAUUUGGAAAGUUGAUCAAUCUUACACAAGAAAAUCAUUUCAAAUAACAUAACUCACAGACUGAGGCAGAUUUUGACCUGAUCAUAGACUUUCAGUGGUAUUUUUAAAUGCAGUGUAAAAGAACGAGAUGAUUUUAGAAAAAAAAUACAAUAUACUAAUUAUUAUUGUUUAGUGUUAUAAUGGAUAGUUUUUAUAUACUGUGUAUCAUUAUAUGUAUAUUUGAUGUUAAUUUAUUACUGCAGUAUGAGUGUAUUUAUGUCACAGAUAACGCAUAUUUCAUAUACUAAAUGCAGCGAUCACAUGUUUCCCAUCAUUUCCUAUUAUGACACAUUGUCAGAUCCAGAGAAGCAUUGCAAGUGGGAAAAGAAAGAGUUCAGUUGUAGAGGAUUUGUUAACAAGGUUAAUAUCCAGGAUGUGUGCACUGUGUUAUCUACUGUUCCUUGGGAAUAUUCUCAAUGUCUUUUAUUAGUCUUUUUUUAAUUCAAAAUUUUCAAUAGUUCAAAAAUUAGAUGAAUUUCAAUUUGGUAUGACACCAUUGUGGUAAAAACAACAAUAGCUAUAGAUGAUCACUAGCUUUUUUGAGUACAUUAACUUGUAAGGAAGAUGAAAAAUUGAAGGAAGUAGUUUAUUGUGUAACAAAAUAUGUAGGAACUGAGAAAAAAAUAUGAAAAGAUUAAAAAGUUUUAAAAAAGCAAGAAGACAAUUGGAAGAAUUAGAAAAAAAAAUUAUUUAAAAGUUGAUAAAGAUGAAAAAAAAUUUAGGAUUAUGGAAAAAUAUGAGAAAGUUGAAGGAACCAGAAAGAAAAUUUGUUAAGGCUCUCAAAAAUAUUUUUUUUUUUAAUUUUGAAUUCUAAACGGUUUUUUGUUUUUAAAUGAAUUGAGAUAAAGGGUUCUACAUUUGUGGGAAUGAUACAUGGAAAGUAAGAAAAAUGAUGUAUUCACUUGAGUUACCAAUAUAAGUCAGAGGGCUGAUAUUGGUUGUUGAGGUUAAUACAGCAUGUAAUAUGGAUUUUGCCAUUUGUUAUUUACUUUGAAUUUGCUUCACUUGCUUGAUAAAUGUAAUAAAGAAUGUAAAAAAUUGCAUGUCAUGGAUUUUAAAGACCUCUUUCACAAAAUAUUAUAGUUUUCUAUAUAUUUGUGCUACAUUAUUGCCUGCUAAGAAUAAGUGGCAUUAAACAUUUAAAUAAAUCACAGUGAAUGUAAGGUGUUUAUCAUGUAGAUUUUUUUUAACAAAUACCAGUGGAGACUUUUUGAAUUUUCUUAGAAAUGUCAUAGCCUUUUAGAAGAAUUUAUGAUUUUUUUUUUAUUUUCUCUGAGAAGAGUUAAAAGUAUAUAGCUAAUAAAAAUUGUAGACUGACAAUAAUUUUUAUGUUAUACAUAAUGAAAGAACUUUAAAAAAAAAUGUGAAUGAAUCUUAUACAUAAUUUUGGACAUUUAUAUAAAUCUGAAUUUUUUUCCAGGCCAAAUUUUGUACAGAUUUAAAUUUCUAGAGGCUAUAAACUGUAAAAAAAUAUAUGCAGAUUUAUAUAAAAAAUGAAAGAUUCUUGCAUGAAUUAUUUUUGCAACUUUUUUUUGUAAAUUUUACAUUUGACAUACUAUUUCUGCUUUUACUCUUAUUAUGUUGUUGGUGUGAAUAUUCCAUUGUUUCAUUCAGGGGUUUGCUUAAGAUAAUUGAAAUGUUUUAUUAUAUUUGUUUAUCAUCUCAUAUGUUGUUAUUAAGCAUUUUAUAAAUGUUUCGCAUGUUUAUUAAUAUGAUUAUGUUGUAUACAUCAUUAGUGUUAUGUGUUUUUCUUGGGGAGGUAGUUUUUCAAAGACUUAAAUUCUGUUUAAAAUAUUUUUUACCAUGUAAACGAUAAAUAACUUAUGUGACAAGAAUUUCAUGAAAUUUGUAGACUAUUUUUUUGGGAAAAAAAAACAUCAAAACAAAAAUCUGAAAUUAUGUUAUUUAGUAUUUAAUUAACACAUGGACGAAGAUAAAUGCCAAAGUAUUUUAUAAAUAAAACAAUAUUUCAAAUGUAAAAAAAAAUCAAUAAGUGUUUAUAAUUUGUUCCUUACAAUUUUUUAUUUGCAGUUUUAAAUUAUGUUAAAUGUGUUUUUUUUACCCUAAAAAUAUUUGGUGAUUUUACAAAUCAAAAUUGAAAUGGGAAAUUGCUGCACUGAUCAUCAAGUGCUCAUGCAUAAAAAAGAGUUUUUAAUAUACAAAUCUAAAUUAUACCUAUAGUCAUGAUAGUGGAAAUGGACUUAAAAAUGGAAUAAGAUCUUAACUGCUAUAAAGUUUUACAUAAACUGGUAAUUUGAGAAUAGAGAUUUUCAUCAUUUGCAGUGUUUAUAUACAUAUCCCCAAUUUUUUAAAAAUUUUGGUGAUAAAAUUUAAAUGUCAGUAGAUUGGUACUUAUUUUAUAUGUUUUUGUUUGUUUAUAAUAAUUCAUGUUUAGCAUUGAUUUGAAAAGCUUUAAUUUUCGUCAUGAAAUCAUAUCAUCUUUCACUUUCUUUUGGUUAUUGAUGCAUGGAAAUGGGGGACACCUUAGGUUUGAUAAUAAUGCAAUGAAAAAAUGGUCAAAUGUAUGAAUUUGUCUUCAAUAAUUUUUUAAACGAAAAAAGAGUAAGAAAAAUGCAAAUAAAAUGUACUGUUACACUAAAAACUUGAUAAAAUUAUAGUACAAAUAUUCAAUUUUAUUUUUUAUAUAUUGUGGGCUGGUUUAAUAUUCUAUUAUUUUAAAUACCAUUUAUUUUUUGUAUUUUUACAAUAUUUAUUUUAUUUUAUUUAGUAGUAUGCUAGGAUAACUGUUGAUCUAAUAAUCUUUUCUGAUUUUUUGUUUGUUUGUUAAUUUCAGCUUAUUUAGCAUAUUAUCAGAUCUGUAGAGAGAAAAGAAUACUCAUAUGAUGUUAAUUUCAAUAUCAAUAUUUCCAUCCAAUUUUUGUCGAGCCUUCGACUUUAGUCGAAAAAGCGAGACAUAGCGAUCCUACAUUCCGUCGGCGUCGUCGUCGUCGUCGUCGUCGUUGUCGUCGGCGGCGUCCACAAAUAUUCACUCUGUGGUUAAAGUUUUUGAAAUUUUAAUAACUUUCUUAAACUAUCCUGGAUUUCUACCAAACUUGGACAGAAGCUUGUUUAUGAUCAUAAGAUAGUAUCCAGAAGUAAAUAUUGUAAAAAUAAAAUUCCAUUUUUUCCGUAUUUUACUUAUAAAUGGACUUAGUUUUUCUGCUGGGAAAUAUUACAUUCACUCUGUGGUUAAAGUUUUUAAAAUUUUAAUAACUUUCUUAAACUAUCCUGGGUUUGUACCAAACUUAGACAGAAGCUUGUUUAUGAUCAUAAGAUAGUAUCCAGAAGUAAAUUUUGUAAAAAAAAAAAUCCAUUUUUUCCUUAUUUUACUUUUAAAUGGACUUAGAUUUUCUGCCAGGAAACAACACAUUCACUCUGUGGUUAAAGUUUUUAAAAUUUUAAUAACUUUCUUAAACUAUCCUGGGUUUGUACCAAACUUGGACAGAAGCUUGUUUAUAAUCAAAAGCUAGUAUCUAGAAGGAAAUUUUGUAAAAAAAUAAAUCUAUUUUUUCCGUAUUUUACUUUUAAAUGGACUUAGAUUUUCUGCCAGGAAACAACACAUUCACUCUGUGGUUAAAGUUUUUAAAAUUUUAAUAACUUUCUUAUACUAUUUUGGAUUUGUACCAAACUUGGACAGAAGCUUGUUUAUAAUCAAAAGCUAGUAUCUAGAAGGAAAUUUUGUAAAAAAAUAAAUCUAUUUUUUCCGUAUUUUACUUUUAAAUGGACUUAGAUUUUCUGCCAGGAAACAACACAUUCACUCUGUGGUUAAAGUUUUUAAAAUUUUAAUAACUUUCUCAUACUAUUUUGGAUUUGUAUCAAACUUUGACAGAAGCUUGUUUAUGAUCAAAUGCUAGUAUCUAGAAGGAAAUUUUGUUUUCUUCCAGAUAAAAUUACAUUCAGUCUGCAGUUAAAGUUUUUAAACAUUUAUUAGAUUCAUAAACUAUCCUGGAUUUUUACCAAACUUGGACUGAAGCUUCUUACAAUCAAAAGAUAGUAUCAAGUGGAAUAUUUUUAUUGAUUUACUUCCUCAUUUUUGUAGAGCCUGCGAUUAACAGAAAAAGUAGGCGAGACACUGGGUUCCGCGGAACCCUUACAAAUUUUUUUUUUUACAACCUGAAAAAAAUAACUGUGAUUUUGAAUUGCUAAUUUUUUAAACAACAAUCACUAUCUUAAUUUAAUAUAAAAAAAAAGGAACUGAAAGAUGAUACAAAUUUUUGUUUAUGUUCUCAAUUUUUUUGAAUUUAAAGGAAAGUCUACUGUUUUAAUCAUUUUUUGUAAAAAAAAACCUAUUCCUGAAAUCUUAUUAAAAUGCAUCUAAACCUUUUCAAGUAGAUUAUCAGUUUUGUAAAUGAUUAUGUACAUAAUUAUUGUACUAGAAUAUAUAAAUAAUAUGUUUGUAUAUCUGUUUAAUGGCAUAAUCCUGAAUAGAAAUAUCUGUAUUUUGUCACAGAGCAGCUAAUAUAGAAUCCUGCUUAUUAAAAUAUAGACUAAAAUAGAA